GGCCGGAAUGGCUAUGCUGAACAGUCCCAUCAUGUACAACAGCACCAUCCAAGGGCUGAUUCGGGCGACCUUCAGCGCGACCGUCAUAGAGCUGAUAGGCGCGAAAAGAGGGAGUAUAAGCGGCUCGUGGAGCGGGACAGGAGGAAAGAGAGUCACGCCAAGCACUGGAGGAAGGAGCUGGCUGUUGUGCCCAUUGGUGAUACAAUCAAACGACGUUACGAAGUCCGUAAGAUUCUAGGUGAGGGGAGCUUUGGCCAAGUUUUGGACUGCAUCGACCUUCACACACAAAAGUUAGUUGCCGUCAAAGUCCUUAAAAGAUUGGAUGAUCACAAGGUUGCCGCCGCCCAUGAGCUUGAGGUUUUAGUUAAUCUUGCGAAGCUAGACAAGACAGGAUCCUCAAACUGCAUUAACGUCUUAGAUUUUUUCGAUUGGCGCGGCAGUUAUUUUAUAUCCUUUCCUCUUCUAGGCUCAAGUGUUUUUCAGUUUCUCGAAGCAAAUGAGUACGCCCCAUAUCCAAUUGAACAGGUUGCAAGUAUAUCCGCCCAGCUCUGCGAUGCUGUUAACUUUAUGCACUCAUGUCGUCUUGCCCAUACUGAUAUUAAACCCGAAAAUAUUUUAUUCGUUAAUGAUGCUUACGACGAGAUCUAUGAUGACAAGCUGGGUCGACCCUUACGUGUCGUCAGAGAUUCAACUAUCAAGGUGAUUGACUUUGGAUCCGCCACCUACGAUAAUGAACACCAUCCGACCAUCAUACAGACCAGGCAUUACAGAGCCCCAGAAGUUGUACUUGAACUUGGUUGGUCCUUCCCCGCCGAUGUUUGGUCAAUAGGUUGUAUUAUAUAUGAGCUUGUCACUGGCGAUUGUCUAUUUAUGACUCACGAUAAUUUGCAACACUUAGCAAUGAUGGAACGCUUCCUGGGUCCCCUUCCUAGAAACAUGAUAAGGAAAUCCCGAUGCCGCAGAUACUUUCACAAAUGUAAACUAGAUUGGGACCCUGAGGGCUCCGACGGUUGUUAUGUCCGUAAGCAUGUGAAACCCCUUGCGGACAUAUGGUUCGCCUCCUCAGAUAUGUACAAAAGGCUAUCCUUUGAUCUUAUCAAAGAAAUGCUUUAUUUUGAUCCCCAUCAGCGAAUUACUGCUUCGAAAGCCCUUGAACAUCCUUUCACUCUAUCUUCUAUACGUGCAUCGAUGUAA